GGUUCAUGAUUUUGAUUGCAAAUAUUUGAUCGUUACUCCCAAAAUAAUUGGUGCAAUGUAACAUCAAGUAUAUCUUGAACUUCCGGUGUAAACAUGCCGUCGGACAACGUCGUGUUUCAGGGAUUUACAGUGGUGCCAAUGAAGGUGGAGGAGUCAUGUUCGGGUGUGCACUACCUCUAUGUGAAAGACCAUAGUGUGAGAGAGGCACACCCCUGCAAACCCAAAGACAAAACACUCUUCAUAUUGAACAUACCACCAUACUGCAGCAAGGAGAUAUUACGGCACAUGUUCAGCAGAUGUGGCCCAAUCCAGACUGUACACCUGCACAGCAAGCCAACGUCUGGGCCUCCCCCAGUGAACCAGUCCAACUUCUUUCCAGAUGCUCCAGUCAUCAAGGGGUACAGAGUAGGGUACAUUGUGUUCAAGAGGGCUAACUCAGUGAAGGCUGCACAGUCACUUCCCUUUGAUGUCCCUCUCAUCAUGCAAGACAACAAGGGACCAGCCAUUGAAUCAGGAUUAGCAAAAUGGUGCGCAGACUACCAGGCUGACUUGCUGGACACCAAUGCACUCCAGACAGAGAUAGACGAGUAUAUGCUGAAAUAUGAUGACAAGGUGCAAAAAGAGAAAGAGACCACAGCUGCCCAGGAGGGUGUGCCAGAUGAUGAAGGCUGGAUCACUGUGACCAAGUACAGCAAGAACAAGGGGGCGCCCCGCACAGAGGCACAUGAGAAGGCUCUCACAAACAAGGCACGCAGGAAGAGGAAGGAGAAGGAGUUGCUGAAUUUUUACAGUUUUCAAAUGCGAGAAACCAAACGAGAGCAAAUUGCCACUCUAAGAAAGAAGUUUGAAGAAGAUAAACAGAAGAUUGCACUGAUGAAAGCUGCACGAAAGUUCCGCCCUUACUGAAGAUAGAUAUAUUAAGUCUUGUUAUAUUUGUUGCAGUAAUAAAUUUUUAUAAAAUG